AGAGGCCGCUCUUCCUGGGUUUGGGGUCCUUUCUCGGCGUAAUGUGUGGUCUUUGAUAUUCAACCCUCCUCUACCAGCAUAGGCUGCAUGAGGUGGGGGCGGGCUCCCACAAUCCUGCUCGGCGGAGGGGUGAGUGACCGCCCCUCCCCUUCCGGUACUGGAAGCCUCGACCACCACCCGCAUCCAAAACCCGAGGCCGCUCUGCUUUUCUCCCUUCUUUGGAUGCCGGCGCUGCUGCCUGUGGUCUCCCGCCUUCUGUUGCUAUCCCGAGCCCUGCUGUCCAUGGCUUCAGGAAGCCCCCCGUCCCAGCCCUCACCGGCCUCGGGCUCCGCCUAUGUUCCUGGCUCGGUAUCUGCAGCUUUUGUCACCUGCCCCAACGAGAAGGUCGCCAAGGAGAUCGCCAGGGCUGUGGUGGAGAAGCGCCUGGCAGCCUGCGUCAACCUCAUCCCUCAGAUUACAUCCAUCUAUGAGUGGAAAGGAAAGAUUGAGGAGGACAGUGAAGUGCUGAUGAUGAUUAAAACCCAAAGCUCGUUGGUUCCAGCUUUGACAGAUUUUGUUCGGUGAGAACUUUUGAGAUGGGUAGAGUUCUGUACACCCUUACGAAGUGGCUGAGGUGAUUGCAUUGCCUGUGGAGCAGGGGAACUCCCCGUACCUGCAUUGGGUGCGCCAGGUUACAGAGUCAGUUUCUGACUCCAGCACAGCCCUACCAUAAUGAGCCCUGUUCUUGCCAUGUUCCCCUCAUAUACUUCAGUGCCCUCUGACUUCCAGGUGAUGACUGGACCUUAAAUAAAUCCUAUCUUUAGUUC